GCAAGUUGGAAAUUAAUCCUCAGAGUCAGGAUGGAUAUCGUGUGUCCAGCCCCCCGCGCCGGCUGGGAUAGGAAACGAGAGAGAGGGGGAGAGAAAGUUGAAGUAUCGGGAUCUCUGCCAGAAAACACGAACUUCCUUUAAUUUCUGGAGACAUGGAUGACAUUAUAAAUCCGGCACGGCGCAGCUCAGACCCGUGAAAUGCGCGCUGGUCACUUCUCCAAAAUCACUUCAGCACGAACAUCAUUACAUAACGCGUCCAGCAGAGAUGAGAGAGCUCGUAAUGGCGCUGGUGGUUGCUCUUCUGGGGGUUCACGCGGACAAAAACAUCGGCGACUGUGUGAAUGGGAAAUGCUUCGUCGUUCAGACCGACACCGCGAACUUUGACGCGGCGCAGAAAGUCUGUGAGGAGCGAACAGGAGGACAUCUGAUGACCAUCCGCACCGCAAAACUAGCCGACGUGUUAUCUCGGUUAUUACUAAAAGGAGUGUCGGGAAACUUCUGGAUUGGGUUGAGAUAUGUCGGUAAUGAGUGUUCAGAUAGAUUAAUGGGAUAUAAAUGGAUCACUGGAGAUGACACGAGCCAGUAUGUCAACUGGAAAAGCGAAUCGGAUUGUGCGCCACAUUGUGUUUCGGUAUCACAAAACGAUCACAAAUGGACUGAGAGACCGUGCGGUGAACAAAUCGAUGGUUAUGUGUGUGAAUAUGAUAAUUUAAAUCACUGUCCGCCGCUGAGCACUGAUGAAAAAGUCUAUUAUUCGACUGCUUUUGGAUUUACAUCAAACGAACUUCUCAGAGAGAUUCCCGAAUUGACUAAUGCAACAAGGCUUGAGCUUGGGACCAAACACAUUUGUUUUGAGAGCGAGUGGCUUCAUGCGCCCUGGAACUGUGAGGUUUUCGGUGGUGGAUGUGAUUAUAAGUGUGUUAGAAACGGACAGAGCCAAUCGUGCAUCUGUCAGCCUGGAUUUAAGCUGGACACAAACGGGAUAUCAUGCAGCCAGCAGCAGGACGAUGACCCGUGCGCGCAUGCGGGAUGCGAACACGAGUGCGCGCGAGAUAGCGGUGCGUUCUUGUGCACGUGUCGCCCCGGGUUUACAUUGAGUGCGAACGGAAAGUCUUGCGAAGAAAACUGCAAGCCAGGCUUUGUCAAUGAAAACGGCAGAUGCGUUGAUUUGAACGAAUGCGAAACUGGACCGUGUGAACACGACUGCGCCAACACUGAAGGCAGCUAUCAAUGCGUAUGUUUUGAUGGAUACAUACCGUCAACUGAGAACAUGCACCAAUGUAAAAUGCACUGUUCGGAGAUGAGAUGCGAAGCUGAAUGUGAUCCCAACAAUGAAUUCCAGUGCAGCUGCCCUGAAGGUUUCCUACUUGAAGACAGAUAUUGCGUCGAUUUAGAUGAAUGCAUAAGUACCAAUAACUGUGACCACAAUUGCACAAACACGCCUGGGUCAUUUGAAUGCUUUUGUAACGAAGGAUACGUGCUUUUGGACAAUGGGGUAUGUGAGGAACAGGACUUGGAGGGUUCAGGCAGCUCAACGCCCUUUGACCUUUUCAUACCUACAAGCAGACCUCCAACCGACAGGCCAUUGUCCAUUUCUGCGGGCAGUCUUUUGGGAGUAAUGGUCUGCAUUGUUGUUUGUGUGCUGUUACUGGUCUGGCUUGCGCACUGCAUACUGAGACGACUGAGUAAAAUGAACCAUUACGAUACACAUAAAGUCCACGAUGAAGUCUACGAUUUUCAACAGGUGAUUACUGAGAAUAACAGCACACAACAGUCAUUACCAAAUGCAAAUAGGGAUUUAAAGAGAGACAUUUAAAAGCCAGUCAAUACCCCUCCAAAGUUUGGAAACAUUAAGAGUCAGGCCAGUAGCCAGCCUGGUGAAAGCUGUGGUUCUUUUUUCUUAAAAUGUGGACCUUUUUGCAGUUAUUCACAUCAUUUUCUAUUUAAUUAUGAGGUUUAAAUAGGUUGCAAGUACAAUUUUUUUUUGCUGGAUUAACUUGUUGGAUGGUCAUC